AGCUAAUAUAUAUAAAAUUGAUCGUGCUUUGGCGAUAACAUAGUAGGAAAGAGAGAUUUAACUUUAUUUACGUGUAACACUGUCAGAGUUUUCCCUGUUUCACUUGUUGACAAAUUGUGUUAAUCUUUAGAGUGGAAAUUUACCUUUAUCGCAAUCAAUGAAUCAUUGGCUGCCGAGGUCGACUGGUACUUGAGCCGUUCAGAACCAGUUGCGAGUGGUUAGCUAGCUGCAUAGUCAGUUCUGUCAGUGUUAUUGCAGCAGUGAUAUAUGUAUUGUGCCAUUUAAUGAUUCAUUCGAGAUUUUAUUAGUCCAAAAGUGGUAUUUUUAAUAUUUUAACUUUAAUUACUUAGUUUUAACUGUUUACAAAUUAUAAUGGUUGCUACUUGAGUACUUCUAAGUUCUACAUCCUUUACUACAGUAACUGAGAUUUAAUAUAAUAUGUAUCCUCUAAGAAGCAAGAAGUGUAACUCGAGUGAUGAAGGUUGGGUAAUGCAAGCUGAACAGAUAAACCAUCUGAAGGAUUUCCCGUACAUAUACAACGCUUGUGCUGGUUCCGUACUUGAACUUUUAUUUUUGCAGAGAUUUUGGAUAUGGUUAGCCAAAUUUAUCCCCAUAUGGGUUUCUCCUUGCCUGAUCACGUGUGUAGGACUAUCCAUAAACGUUGCUUGCUGUUCUUUGGUGUUAUAUUUUAGUCCUGAUAUCAAGGAAGAGGUUCCUAGUUGGGUAUUUCUGUUGUGUGCCUUUGGAAUCUUCCUCUAUCAGACGUUUGAUGCUCUUGAUGGGAAGCAAGCUAUAAGAGUUCAGAACACACAAUUAGAAGAAUACUAUGACCAUGGAUGUGAUGCUGUUUCAACAGUGUUUGUAACCCUAGCUAUUUCUGUGGCUCUUCAACUUGGAUCGUCUCCCUCACUUCUGUUUAUUUUGUUCUUGGUAUCUGUACUUUCAUUUUUCUCAGCACAUUGGCAGGAUCACGUUACACACGUUAUUUUGUUUGGAAGGUAA